UUUGCACUUCUAACUAAUAGGAAGAGAGAAUGAAGCAAAGACUGUGGACUUUGAUGGAGUUCCAUGGCAGCAUCUGUGCUAAAUCACAGUCAAGAGUCGAUAUCCUACACACACCCCACAAAUUACAGGCCGUCCACUAACGUCCGAUAUGGCUAAGAUCCGCGCACCACUCAAUCAUUGGUCCAACUUUUCGAUCGUAUGGUUGUAUGGAGGAGUGGAUGGAGCCUACAUGAAGUACAAUACUGGUGCCGGGGUUGUGGAAGGGAAGUUGAAUGUGCAUUUGGUCCCGCAUUCCCAUGAUGAUGUCGGAUGGUUGAAGACCGUCGACCAGUACUAUGUUGGCUCAAACAACUCCAUCCAGGGCGCUUGCAUUGAGAAUGUGCUUGAUUCCGUUGUCAAAGCAUUGGCGCGAGAUCCCAACAGGAAGUUUGUGUUUGCCGAGAUGGCUUUCUUCCAAAGGUGGUGGUUAGAGCAAAGUCCAGAAACACAAGAACAAGUGAGGAAACUUGUGGAUGCUGGCCAAUUUGAAUUCAUAAAUGGCGGAUGGUGUAUGCAUGAUGAGGCAACAGCUCAUUACAUCGACAUGAUUGACCAAACAACUCUUGGUCAUGGCUUGAUAAAAUCACAAUUCAACAAAGUUCCUCGAGUUGGAUGGCAAAUUGAUCCGUUUGGACAUUCUGCUGUGCAAGCUUACCUUCUGGGAGCUGAGGUUGGAUUUGAUUCCUUGCAUUUUGCGAGGAUUGAUUAUCAAGACAGAGCAACUCGCAAAAAUGAUAAAUCUCUUGAGGUUAUAUGGCGUGGGUCUAAAACGUUUGGUUCCUCAUCUCAGAUUUUCACAAAUGCAUUUCCCAUUCACUAUAGUCCACCGGAAGGUUUUAAUUUUGAAGUGUCUAAUGAUUUUGAGCCUGUUCAGGAUAAUACUCUCCUAUAUGACUACAAUGUCGAAAAAAGAGUGAAUGAUUUUAUUAGUGCUGCAAUGACACAGGCAAAUGUUACAAGAACAAAUCACAUUAUGUGGACCAUGGGUGAUGAUUUUGUGUACCAGUAUGCUGAGUCUUGGUUCAAGCAGAUGGACAAACUCAUUCAUUAUGUUAACAAGGAUGGUCGGGUGAAUGCAUUAUACUCUACACCAUCUAUUUACGUCGAUGCCAAAAAUGCAGCAAAUGUAUCAUGGCCUUUGAAAACUGAUGAUUACUUACCGUAUGCAGAUAGAAAAGAUGCCUACUGGACUGGUUACUUUACUAGCCGGCCAGCCCUGAAACGAUAUGCUAGGAUGCUUAGUGGAUACUAUCUGGCAGCCCGCCAGCUCGAAUUUCUUGUGGGGCGCAGGUCCAGUGGUCCUAGCACUUCCAGGCUUGGAGAUGCCUUAGGAUUAGUGCAACAUCAUGAUGCUCUCACUGGUACUGCUAAACAGCACACAACCAAUGAUUAUGAGAAGCGCCUAGCUAUUGGAGCUUUUGAGGCAGCAGCUGUUGUCGAUAAUGCUCUCUCCUGCCUAGUUGGUAAGAAACCAGGAGGUCAGUGCUCAUCACCUGCUUUGACCUUUAGCCAGUGCCAAUUACUCAAUAUAAGUUUCUGCCCAGCAACAGAGGAAGAUAUUCCAGACGGAAAGAGUCUGGUAACUUUUUGGGUUAUAUGCUAUGAAUUCUUUAAAGAAACGUGUAUAUUCUCAUUGAAAUUUCUUUAUCAGGUUGUGGUAGCAUAUAAUUCGCUUGGAUGGAAUCGAACUGAUAUCGUAAGGAUCCCAGUUACUGAUUCAGAUUUGGUCGUCCAUGACUCUUCUGGAAAUACCAUUGAAGCGCAAUUUAUCAAUUUGGAUAGUGUUACAAUCAACUUGAGGAACUUCUAUGUGAAAGCCUACUUGGGAUUAUCACCACAGCAGGUCCCAAAGUACUGGCUUAUAUUUCAAGUUUCAUUACCGCCAUUGGGUUGGAGCACAUACUUCAUUUCUAAAGCAGCUACAGAAGGGCAUGAAACUACUGUCCUUUCUACACUGAGCAAUCCACAGAAUGAUACCUUAGAAGUUGGACCAGGGGAUCUGAAGAUGCUAUUUUCGUCAACCUCGGGGCAACUUGUCCGGAUAUUAAACUCUAAAACUGGGGUUGAUGUACCAGUACAGCAAAGCUAUCUCUACUAUGCCUCAAGUAUUGGCGAUACAGAUGAUUCUCAGGCUUCUGGUGCGUACAUCUUCCGCCCAGAUAGGGCUCUUCCAACAAUUGUUUCGAGAGAAGUACCCCUGAAGGUUGUUCGGGGUCCACUAGUUGAUGAAGUGCAUCAACAGUUCAGUUCAUGGAUCUACCAGGUCACGAGAUUAUACAAGGACAAAGAGCAGGCUGAUGUCGAAUUCACAAUAGGACCAAUUCCAACAGAUGAUGGAGUUGGAAAGGAGGUGAUAACACAAAUGACGGCAAAUAUGGCCACGGAGAAGACCUUCUACACUGAUUCUAAUGGAAGGGAUUUCAUAAAACGGGUGCGAGAUUAUAGACCAGAUUGGUCCCUCACUGUUACGCAACCUGUUGCAGGAAAUUACUAUCCAAUUAAUCUUGGAAUUUUCACCACGGACAACAAAACUGAAUUAUCGGUCUUAGUGGAUCGUGCAGUUGGGGGAGCCAGUAUCAAAGACGGGCAAAUAGAGUUGAUGCUUCACAGGCGAAUACUUAAAGAUGACAGCAGAGGAGUGGAGGAAGCUCUCGACGAGAGGGUGUGCAUUGCAAAUAACAGUACGUGCAAAGGACUGACGAUACGAGGACACUACUACAUAGGCAUCAACAAAAGAGGGACAGGAGCUCGCUGGCGACGGACAACUGGCCAACAAGUGUACUCACCUUUAGUUCUGGCUUUUGCACAUGAGAAGAUGGAGGACUGGACAGCUUCUCAUGUUACCAUUGCGACUACUAUGGAUUCAAGUUACAGUUUACCUCAGAAUGUUGCUUUGAUCACUCUGCAGGAGUUGGAUGAUGGAAGUGCACUACUACGUCUUGCACAUCUUUAUGAGCCUGGUGAAGAUGCUGAAUAUUCAACCUUGGCUAAAGUCGAUCUGAAGAAGAUGUUUGCCAGAAGAACGAUCAAGGAAGUAAAGGAAAUGAGCCUGUCUGCGAACCAAGAGAAGUCUGAAAUGAAGCGGAUGACAUGGAAAGUUGAAGGGGAAGCCACAGCGGAACCGACCCCUUUAAGAGGGGGCCCAGUCAAUGUGUCAGAUCUCGUUGUUGAGCUCGGUCCCAUGGAAAUUCGUACUUUCUUGCUCAUAUUCUAGGCAUUGUCCGUUAUGCCUCGUUUUAUGUAAUCAAUUAACUUCCAAAGUCUCUUUCAAACACUUUUUUCAUAAAGAUGUUUAUCCAGUGCCCCAAAAGGGUACCAUUUAGCUCAAGAUAAAACCAAUAAGUGCAGGUUUUUUUUGGCUUUCCUUACUGGUGCACUUACAGUAUCAAUGAAGAAGAAUGGUAGUUCAA